AUGGUGUCGCAGAUUCCAGAAACAAUGAAAGCAGUGGUGUUCCACGGCCCCUUUGACGUACAAGUCGAAGAUCGCGCCACUCCCAAAAUCCAAAAGCCAGACGAUGUCAUACUCAAAGUCCACUACUCUGGUCUAUGCGGGACAGACUUGCACGCUUAUAGGGGCCACAUCAAGGGUCCGGUAGGCACAAUCGUGGGCCACGAGUUCUUGGGAGCUGUUGCCGAAAAGGGGGACGCCGUGACUGGUUUCGACGUGGGUGAUUUGGUGUUGAGUUCAUUCACGAUCCAGUGUGGAGAAUGCUGGUAUUGUAAGCAUGGAUACACGGGCCAGUGCAGGUUGACAAACACUUUUGGCAAAAUUGGCCUCGAUGGGGGACAGGCCGAAUACGUGCGGAUCCCCCAUGCGCAAAACACCAUAAUCAAGCUCCCCGAACAAGAGGUGACCGCGGCCGCGCAAGACGCAUCGGUGUACGUUCUUAUGGCCGAUAUCUUCAUUACGGGCUACUAUGGAGUCAAGAAGAUUAUGGAUUUCUUGAAAAUACCAGCUGCCAAGGGCUUUGCAGCGCAGAGUUUCAAAGACGUGACGAUUUUGCAAAUAGGCGCAGGCCCAGUCGGCUUGUGUGCUUUGAGGUCGUUGAGGUACUUUGGCUUUACGCGUGUUGUGGUGGUUGACAGUAUCCCCACCAGAUUAGCGGAAGCUGAGAGGCUCGGCGCCGUGGCUACCGUCAAUUUCAAAACUGACCCCGACGGAGUCAAGCACUACAUUGAGCAAAAGUUGGAUGGGUUGGGCUUCGACGCCGUGUUGGAAGUAGUCGGCGCUUCUUCUGCGUUGAAAACUGCCUUUGACUCUGUCCGUGCCAACGGGUUCAUAUCGUCGUUGGGCAUGGGCCACGAACCGUUGCCAUUUGAUGCCUUGCAGUGCUACUUGAAAAACAUCAAUAUUUCGUUUGGAAGAUGCCACGGGUGGGCACUAUUUGCAGAGGCCUUGGAGAUCUUUGAGACAAUGAAGGAUGAUUUCAAACACUUUAUUGACCACAAGGCCAGAUUGACCGAUGCCAGGGAAGCAUUCGAUCUCUUUGAUAAGCACAAGGUGGGCAAAGUGGUUUUCGACUUGACCAAUGGUGCAUAA